GUCACGCACUGCCUUGUGGAGGUUAGGCGAUGUGGCAUGCAGCGCUCACGAGAUACAGUGUAAACAUCAGCUUUUCUCGCAGUAUUUUGGCCAUAAUAUGGACGAAAAGGAAUUCAUCUCUGAGAUCUGAUAGAGGUCUCCAUAGUCUCUCCUGCUGACCCUUAAGCGAUUUGAAAAUGUGCGCAUGUAUGAGAAAGUGAUACUGAUGGUGAGAGACAUGUAGGUAUUUGAUGUUAUUGGAAAUUACUGAAUAGUCUUUCAUUGGAGGCUGGAGCCAUUGUAAAAAGGAAGACGAUAUUUUUGAAGAACAUUGUUUAAACGAGGCAAUCGAAAAUUCCGAAAUACAAUACUUUUUUUUAAAACAGAUUUCAAAUUUAUACUUGGAAAACAUGGAUGAUUCAAUCAUAGAUAUUUCAUCUACUGCGAUUGAUGUCAUUGAUGUUAUUGAUUUAACUAAAGAAUCACCGAGAACAAACAGACCAUCAAGAUCACAGAGAAGAAUUAAUAAUGAAUCUACAACUUAUAAUAUAAAUGAAAAUCAACACUUUAGAAGGCCUUUGUCUCCUAUAAUUUUAGGAAAUACAAAUAAUGAAAUGAAGAAACCAAAAAAGAAGAAAUCUCGUGCUACAUUGGAUGAAGUUUUAACUGUUGAUGAUACUAAUGAUGAAAAUAAAACAUAUUAUACAGUCGAAUCAGAUAAUGGGAAGCCAGUACCUCUAAUGUGUCCAAUAUGUUUUGAAUCAUUAUCUUCAAAUCUAAAACCCAUUACCACACGCUGUGGACAUCUAUUUUGUACAGAAUGUUUAGAGACAUUUAUUCAAACGACUAAAAAAUGCCCGACUUGUAAAGGACCUAUAACAUUAAAAUCUUGUACUCGUUUAUAUCUUUAAUUAUUAACAGGUGACGGAAACUAUCCUACUUUUUUGUAAUAAUUUACUUAAUGAUUUUGUAUAUAUUUAAAUUGAAAAUUACUGUUAACA